UCUUCAGUAGGAAACGAAGAAAAUACAACAUUUCAUCACAUUAAAUACACAAUCAAUAUUCCUUCAAUCGACACGUGGUCUGAGAAACGUUGUUGCUGUGAUUGUUGUUGCUUUGUUGUCAAGAGUCCCCAUCCUAUCAGCUCCAAAUGUUGUAGGGCUGUGGUGAGAUACAUUCAGAUACAAUACAACCCACAUGCUGGUAAUAUGAACUCCGACUCGGAAUACUCGGAUGAAGAUCACGGUGACUCGCAUCGCUCUCUACACAGUCACAUGAGUUGCGGAAAUUUUGACAGCGACAGCGAGGAUACUUGCACGGAAAUUCUUUUGCCGGAAAGUCCCACUCGGAAUCCCGAUGAUGACUUUAUCUACAAGGUCCUCUCUGUGGACCAGAUCGUUCAGCACCAGCGCAACAUCAUCGAUGAGGUGAACAAUGUCCUGAAUCUAUCGCCGCAGGUCACCCGAAUUAUACUCAAUCACUUCAAGUGGGACAAGGAGCGGCUGUUUGAGAACUAUUUCGAAAGUAGUCCAAACGAUUUUUUCCAGCGCGCCCAUGUGGUGAAUCCCUUCGAGCAGAAGAGUGAUCUGGAUUCAGAAAGCAUAGUGUCCACAUCCUCCGCCUCGCAAAAGUUCUGCGGGAUUUGCUUUUGUCCUUGUGAGGAGCUCAAGGGCUUGGGUUGUGGUCACAGUUUUUGCGCCGCCUGCUGGAAACAAUACUUGGCCAACAAGACGUGCAGCGAGGGCUUGGCCAAUACCAUCAAGUGUCCAGCCACCAACUGCGAUAUCCUGGUGGACUAUGUAUCCUUCCUGAAACUGGCCGAUGAUCCCGAGGUUGUGGAGCGUUAUCAGCAGCUCAUAACCAAUACCUUUGUGGAGUGCAACAUACUGAUGAGAUGGUGUCCAGCCCCCAAUUGCACCCAUGCCAUCAAGGCCAUUUGUGCCGAACCACGAGCGGUUCACUGCAAAUGUGGCCAUCAGUUUUGCUUUGCCUGUGGGGAGAAUUGGCAUGAACCGGCCAGCUGUAGCUCCCUUAAAAAGUGGCUCAAAAAAUGCCUUGAGGAUUCGGAAACAUCCAAUUGGAUUGCCCAGAACACCAAGCAGUGUCCCAAAUGCAAUGUGACCAUUGAGAAGGAUGGUGGCUGCAAUCAUAUGGUCUGCAAGAAUCCAUCCUGCCGCUAUGAUUUCUGCUGGGUGUGCCUGGGAUCCUGGGAGCCACAUGGUUCGUCCUGGUACAGCUGCAAUCGCUUCGACGAGGAGGAGGCCAAACAGGCCCGGCUUGCUCAGCAGAAGUAUCGCUCUUCGAUGGCUCGAUAUCUGCACUAUUACAACCGAUAUAUGAACCACAUGCAGAGCAUGAAGAUGGAGAACAAGCUGUACGCCAAUGUUCAGGCCAAAAUGGAUGACAUGCAGGAGGAGAUGAGCUGGAUUGAGGUCCAGUUUCUACGCGAUGCCGUCGAUGUUCUAUGCCAUUGCCGUACCACCCUGAUGUACAGCUAUGUCUUCGCCUUCUACCUGAUGAACAACAAUCAGAAGAUCAUAUUCGAGGAUAAUCAGCGGGAUAUGGAAAUGGCCACUGAGAAGAUCUCCGAGUGUUUGGAGCGUGAGAUUACGGUUAAAAAUCUGUACGAAGUCAAGCAGAAGGUCCUCGACCUAUCGCACUACUGCCAAAAGCGACGGCAUGUUCUCCUGUGCCACGUGAGGGAGGGUUACGAAAAGGACUGGUGGGACUUUAUCGAGGACCCCGCUACUUAGUGCCCCACACCAUCACCAACUAGCAACAAACAGAAAAAGAAAGCAAACCGGACAUUUCACUGAAGACUUUUAAUCAGCACACACAAUACUCCUUUUGAUUUCUUCUCUGGUUGGAUUGAUUUCAGUCGAUUCGACCAAGAGCUUUCCAAAUUGUAAAGUUAUGAUACAGGAAUAGAAAAUAAUAUA